AUGUUGAACGCAAUACUGGCCACGAUUGCUUCAAGCUCACCGGAGAAAAACCGCCACCACGGUCUUGGUGCCCUCAACCGUGUUCGGCCAGUGUAUUGCCUGUACUUGCUUAUGGGGUGUCUGGAACAAUAUGUUGGGGAAGUCCCUAUUACUCAAGACCUAUUUCAAUUUGUUGUUCCUGGAAAUGGAAUUCCCAAGUGGUUCAAUCAUAAAUCUGUUGAAUAUAUAUACAAUGAAGAAGAGUGGUUCAAUCCUCGUAGUGUGGAGUAUCCAUUAAGUGUAGAGCUACGUCGAGGUUGGUUUACUGAAAACUGGAUGGGAUUUGUAGUGUGCAUCGGUUUUGCAAUCCAGGAAAGAUCACCUAAUUGCGACCAUGCUCUUAAGUAUCCUAGUUUUGAUUACAAUUAUACACAUAUUAUUACUUGCAAAAUGGACAUCAAUGGAAAGGAGACGACGGCACUUAGGCGUCCAUUUGUGAUUCUUAAUGCAGAGUUGGGGCAAGCUGUGUCUGAUCACCUUUGGAUAGUCUUUUUUCCUCGUCACUUUCCUCAGUUGUGGAAGGGUAUCAGCGAUCAAGUUGAAUUGCCUUCUGGCACAGAGUGGUGGCAAGGUAUAUUUGGUCAGAUUACAUUUUCAAUUACAGCCAGAGUUGGCCAUGGAGUAAUAGUGAAGCAGUGUGCCGCUCGUCUGGUGUACGAGGGAGACUUGGAAGAGCUUGACCCAAGAUUUAGCCUCCGGACCCGGAGUAAUGUCAGCAUUUCUGAGGUGGAUUCAGAAUUCCCCUCUUACACAAACAAGUAG